ACCAUAACCUCCUUAUUUAAAAUUUUCCUACCUGUUUUGUUUGCUCUGGGGUUCUUAUAAAUAAUUCAAUUAUUGAGCUGACGUAUCAAUUGAUGAAGUGGAACUAGAAGUGAUUAAGUAUUUUAUAGAUUGAUAAAUAAAGUUGACGUUGUUGUUGGAAACAUGGCGAGUGACCUGGUGAAAACACUAGGAGGUCUCAGGUUAGAUGGUCGCCGGCCCUUGGAGCUCCGUAAAAUCGGGGUGAAGAUGGGGGUUUUUGGGCAGGCUGAUGGAAGUGCUUACCUGGAGCAAGGAAAGACUAAGAUUUUAGCUGCAGUCUAUGGGCCACAUCAAACACGAGGGAGUGCAGCUAGGAGUACUGUGAACAAAUCAACAAAGGGACUAGUUAACUGUCAAUACAGUAUGGCAGUGUUCAGUUUGAGCUCUGGUGAACGAAAAAAAAGACCCCGGGGGGACCGAAAAACUCAGGAACGGUCCAUUCAACUGAGACAUGCGAUGGAAGCUAUUCUAAAUCUAGAAAAUUUUCCACGAUCGCAGAUUGACAUUUUUGUAGAAGUUCUGCAAGUUGAUGGAAGUGAUUAUUGCGCAGCAAUAAAUGCAGCAACAUUGGCUUUAAUUGAUGCAGGAAUUCCAAUUAAAGAUUAUGCCAUUGGCUGCACUGUAACCCUCCCCGACGCCUCCCAAAGUUACGAUCAGUCUGAAGUUCCUGGCAUUGGAGUUCUGGACGCUAAUAAUCUCGAAGAGAACGGCCCUGGAACAACUCUCUCGGUAGUUGCUUUACCAGAGACGAAAAACGAAGCCAGUACAGAGGCUGGCCUGAUUAUCGUGGCUCAAGCCAGUGGUCAGCGUUUGGAUAUUUCAAAAAUGGAGGGUAUGAAGAUAAGAGCAUUGCACGGUUGUCAGAAUAUAAAAACUAUUCUUGAUAAAAUGGUCAGACAACAUCUUACAACAAAUUCUCUGCCAUCUUUAUUUGAUGUACAAACGUUAGAAUAAAUGGAGGAUUCACGCACUCUGAAAUAUGA